UUCAACACUCUUCUUUGCUUCACUUUCCUUCCCCUUCCUAUUUCUCUGCACUACUUUUCUGUCAAAGCCAUGGCCCUAACCUCAUUAAGCUCAAAGUCUUGUGCAACCUUCUGGCUUUUCCUCCUCUUAGGUAAUGUAGCAUCAGCUACAUUGUUUACCCUACAAAACAAUUGCAAAUACACUGUUUGGCCUGGAACACUUUCCGGCAAUGACCCGACCAUUCUUGACACCGGUCUUUCUCUAACAUCCGGUUCUUUGGUCCAGAUGACCGCCCCAGCUGGCUGGUCAGGACGAUUCUGGGGUAGAACCGGAUGUAACUUCGAUAUGGCUGGUAAUGGCAAAUGUGCCACCGGAGACUGUCCCGGUGGCCUCAAGUGCACUGGUGGAGGCGUUCCACCAGUGACACUAGUGGAAUUCACCACCGGAAGUGCGACCAACGGCAACAAAGAUUUUUAUGACGUAAGCUUGGUGGAUGGUUACAAUGUGGCCAUUGGAGUACGGGCAACCGGAGGAACCGGUAAUUGUCAAUACGCAGGUUGCGAAAAUGACCUGAAUGGUUACUGCCCAAAGGAGUUGCAAGUAAAAGAUGAUACGGGUUCGGUAGUAGCAUGUAAGAGCGCGUGUGUGGCGUUUAACACCCCGAAGUAUUGUUGCACCGGGGAGCACUCAACGCCACAAACGUGCUCACCUACGAAUUACUCAAAGAUGUUUAAGAAUGCAUGUCCAAGAGCUUAUAGUUACGCUUAUGAUGAUGCUUCAAGCACUUUUACAUGCUCAGGUGCAAAUUACACCAUCACUUUUUGCCCCGCAGGAUCAUCUUAGUUCCUCAUAUGUCAAUAUAGUUAAUGUUAUUUGAUUAUGACAAAACCUGAAAUAAUGAUCAAAAUCAAUAUGU